AUGACAACCUCACCCUCCAGCAGUGACUACAGCGGCUCAUAUUCUGAAAACAAAUCCAACCAGAGCCUCUCCGUGGGUCACUUCCCCUCUGAGUACUACAGCUUUUCCUAUGAGGACGAGGUCUCCCAUGAGGAGACCCCCUCUGAGGACUCUUCGGCCCGUUUCCUCCCUCCUGUCCAAGGUACCUGGGGGACAGAGAGUUUAAGGAGACUCUUCAGGAAACGAGAUCAGAUGAAGCAUGAUCCAGACCAGUUCUGCAAGCUAAGCAUCACACUGGCCUGGGAUAUCGAUGUGGACUCUGACCAAGCAGACUCUCUUGCUAAUGUGGAUCUGAAUGGCCACAGCCAGUGGAUGGGUAAGUGGCCACAAGAAAAGACAAAACUGACUCCCUGCAAACUGGAUAACCUAAUACAGAAACUUGAGACGUUUUUAGGAAAAGAAAAAGGUGACCAGCACGAUGGCUGUGUGUUCCCUGAAUCUACUCAGAAGGAAGAUGUCCACCUCAACAGCAGUCCCCCUCCACCUACUGCUCAGGUCAGUCAUAAGGAACAUGAUGUUCGUCAAGACUUGUUCAAGCACAAAGCCCGGGAAGAUGAAGAUAUCUGUCAGGUCCUAGAAAAUCCUCCAAGGUUACUGAAAGAUGAAGUUGCGGAGAUAAGGGAGGCAGCUGGGAGCUCCUUAGAAACCUCCUCCUUGCCAUCCCCUCAGCCGGAGGGUGCUUCCCACUUGCAUGGCACAUCCUGUAUGAAUUUUCGGUGGGUCUUCCACUGGCUGAGGACACAAAUCUUCUCCAGAAGAUGGAGGAGAGAGCACCCUAGCCAGGAUACCGUCGGCUGGCAGCAAAAAGCAGUGAGGAAGAUACAUUCUUUUAGAAGUAACAGAAUCCAACCCCAGACCCUCCCACCAUCCACGCAGUCCCCGGUAGAAAUGAGACUGUAA